CAGCCCGGCCCGGGGAGUGCAGAGGGAGGCUGCCACGUAUGGGACGCGUUUUUGGCUUGAUCCUCUCACGUCGUUACUUAUUCUCAUCACCUCUGAGUGGUUAAAAAGCAUUUGCAAGCCUGAGCCUGACAGCAGAGUGUGGUUCCAGUUUUUCAGAAUAGAUCUAUGGACGCUUCCUAUUACACCUUCUGAUUGCCUGCUUUCUGCAGGAGCCCUUCAGAUGCCAAAGCCUUUGGGCACUGUUACAGUGACAGAGGCACAAUCUUUUCUUUUGAAAGGUGCAAGGAUAACUUGACACAGUUCAAGAUGGACUCCCAGGGUCAGCUUAUUCCAAAGUGUGCUGUAGGAAGGAAUAACAGUAGAUGCUUAUCCUAACAUUUCUGUUUACUUUGUCUUUGCAUGCAGGUUCACAGUCAUGGUCAGAGCUUCCUUGUAGCUGUUGCUCUUGUAGUAUGAGUUCUGUCUCUUUCUCAUGUUGUGUUACUAAUCAACAGGGAAUGGAAAAGUAAAUACAGAUUUGUUCUUGUAGCUUUAAUUUAAUGUAAUUGCAUGUCACUUUAAAAGGGCAGCCUUAAAGAAUUUGAGCAGUUUGUGAAUUGACAAAAAAUAACAUUUCAGGGCCACUUCUGAGAAAAUCAGACCUGGUGAUAGGCUAUCAAAAAAGUACCUUAAUAUGUAUGUUGGAAGUGUACUCCGGGGAAUUCUACUGCCGUCAGGUCAGCCCUUGGGAAAAUACAAAGGGUAAUCUUCAUUUCAGGACUGAAUUUAUGUAGAUUUUGUGCUGCAUAGAUAUGCUUUACAACAGAAAGCUGCAUAAUAUUAUUGUCCUAAUUGUGUUAGAUUGUUUCUUCUGUGAAGAAAUUCAAGGGAUGACACUUUAUUCCUACUAUUACAUAUUAAGGGUCUGAAAUGAUGGUCUUAAACCAUUUUAACAAUUACAAAAAGGUUUCAUUAUUUCUAGGUUACCUCUGUGCCUCUGAUUCACAUUGUGACUCAAAUAAUUGGCCUACAUGUGUAGUCUGAGAAAAAGAAUUACUUUUGAGAUGUAAUUGCUAUGUUAAUUACUCUUCAUAUAAUUUGUUAAGUGUAACUGCAAAUCCACCCAGUGUAAUGCAGUCUGACUAUUUAACUAUAUUUAGAACAAUUUCUAUUCAUUCACAGGGCCACUUUAAUUCUGUGGAGUCCAUUGAAAGUUGGUUAAUUGCCCUUUACAAAGUAAACUGAGAAAAAAGCAAUUGUUCAAGGUGUGUUCUUGCUUGAGGGUAUCAACAGUAUGUGAUCACUCUGCCUGCUUUGAUUGGAUCCAGCAGAGAAGAAAUAACAGAACAUUGGGAGUGGUUAGAACACAAUGUUAUGAAGACUUUAUCAGUGUUUGAUUCAAAUGAAGACAUUACAAGCUUUGUCCAGGGAAAGAUAAGAGGUUUGAUUGCUGAAGAGGGAAAAUAUUCUUUUGUAAGAGAAGAUGAUCCUGAGAAGUUUCGUGAAGGUCUUAUGAAGUUUGAGAAGUGCUUUGGAUUACCAGAGCAGGAGAAGUUGAUUACCUACUACUCGUGCAGUUACUGGAAGGGCAGAGUGCCUUGUCAAGGAUGGCUCUAUCUUAGUACCAACUUCCUUAGCUUCUACUCUUUUUUGCUUGGAGCAGAAAUAAAACUUAUUAUCUCCUGGGAUGAAAUAUCAAAACUUGAGAAAACUUCUAAUGUGAUUCUGACAGAGAGCAUUCAUGUGUGCUCCCAUGGGGAAGAUCAUUAUUUUUCAAUGUUUUUGCACAUUAGUGAAACAUUCCUGCUCAUGGAGCAGCUGGCAAACUAUGCAGUUAGAAGGCUUUUUGACAAGGAGACAUUUGAGAAUGAUCCUGUCCUUCACGACCCUCUGCAGAUCACCAAGAGAGGCUUGGAGAGCUAUGCCCACAGUAAGCAUUUUAGUGCAUUCUUCAGGCUACCUAAAGAAGAGUCCUUGAAGGAAGUUCAUGAGUGCUUCUUAUGGGUUCCUUUCAGUCAUUAUAACACCCAUGGGAAAAUGUGCAUUUCAGAAAACUACAUCUGCUUUGCUAGCCAGGAUGGCAGCCUGUGCAGUGUAAUCAUUCCACUGAGAGAGGUCACAGGGGUGGAUAAAGGAGAUCCAGCCAACAGAGGAGUCAGCAUUAGUACCAAAGGGAAAACAGCUUUUCGUUUCACAGAGGUGAGAGAUUUUGAACUGCUUGUGGCAAAACUCAGGAUGAAAUGCAAUGCAACUGCAAGUCCACAACACAUCAUAAGUACUGAGGUUGCAGCUGGUUCUGCCACUGACAGUCCAAAGGAUUUUGGUGCAGGACAGUCAAAGGUGGGCCAGAGAGAUAACAGCAAAACUGUCAGUACAGAAGCACUUAUGACUGUCUACCAUCCUCAGGAUGCUGAGAACCUUGACUCUAAAAUGUUGAAAGAAAAAAUGAAGGAACAGUCGUGGAACAUCCUGUUUGCAGAACGGGGCCAUGGGGUCAGUAUGUUUCGAACAAAGAAGACUCGAGACCUGGUUGUAAGAGGCAUCCCAGAGGCAUUAAGAGGAGAACUCUGGCUACUCUUCUCAGGUGCUGUAAAUGAUAUGGCAUCCAACCCUGGUUAUUACACUGAGCUGGUGGAGAAGUCCUUAGGAACGUGCACUUUGGCUACUGAUGAAAUUGAACGAGAUUUACGUCGCUCCUUACCUGAGCAUCCUGCUUUUCAAAGUGACACAGGAAUUUCUGCCCUCAGGAGAGUUCUUACAGCUUAUGCAUUCAGGAAUCCACAAAUUGGAUAUUGUCAGGCAAUGAAUAUUCUGACAUCAGUGCUUCUGCUGUAUGCUAAAGAGGAGGAAGCAUUCUGGCUUUUGGUUGCUGUGUGUGAAAGGAUGCUCCCUGAUUAUUUCAAUCGCCGAAUCAUUGGUGCCUUGGUAGAUCAGGCAGUGUUUGAGGAGCUCAUCAGGGUUCACCUGCCUCAGUUGACAGACCACAUGACGGACAUGACUUUUUUCUCCUCGGUCUCUCUCUCCUGGUUCCUUACCCUUUUUAUCAGUGUGCUGCCAAUUGAAUGUGCAGUCAAUGUGGUGGACUGUUUCUUCUAUGAUGGAAUAAAGGCAAUCUUGCAGCUGGGCCUUGCGGUGCUGGAAUACAACAUGGAGAAAUUGCUCACUUGUAAGGAUGAUGCAGAAGCAGUCACUGUUCUCAACAGAUUUUUUGACAGUGUCACUAACAAAGACAGUCCUUUACCUCCAGCUGUGCAGCAGGGCUCCAACCUCAGUGACACAAAGAGUGACCAUCCAAAAGUGGACAUCACUGAUCUGAUCCGAGAGUCAAAUGAAAGAUACGGUGAUAUUCGCUAUGAGGACGUUGAGAGCUUGCGCUGCAGGAACAGGCUUUAUGUGAUCCAGACCCUGGAAGCUACCACCAAGCAGAAUGUGCUACGGGUUGUGUCUCAAGAAGUAAAAUUCAGUCCUAGUGAUCUUGAAGAGCUUUAUGAAUUAUUCAAGAAGGAGCAUUUUCUUUCCUGUUACUGGAGUGUAAAUAGUCCUGUCCUGCAACACCAUGAUGCCAGCCUGCCCUACCUUGACCAGUACCGCAUUGAUUGCCAACAGUUCAGGGUUCUCUGCCAUCUCCUGAGCCCCUGGUCACACUGUGCAAACAGAGACUCUCUGGCUCUGUGGACAUUCCGACUGAUGGAUGAGAGUACCAACUGCCUUAUAAACUUCAAACAAUUUGCCUGUGUUCUUGAUACGAUGUAUAAUGGAAGCUUCACUGACAAACUCAAGUUUCUUUUCAAGUUGCACAUCCCUCCAGCUUUUACUGAAGUAGAAUCUCUAAGCCCUUCCAAAGGUGAUGAUCUUUCAAAAGAAGAACUGAUGCACUUCAGCCAACUCAGUGUUUCAUCUGUUGGGGAUCAUCUUGGAAGUGGUUCUUUGAAGAGCAGCCCAGAAAAAGGGAAGGGUAAGGUUGACAUUCAGGCAUAUCUGAAGCAAUGGCAAGAUGAACUUCUUAAAAAAGAAGAAACUGUCAAGGAUUUGCCAAGAAUGAGUCAGUCUCAGUUCAUCCAGUUCUCAAAAACUCUCUACAAUCUGUUCCAUGGGGAUCCUGAGGAGGAGCUCUUGUAUCGGGCUAUCGCGGUGGUCACCAGCCUCCUGCUGAAAAUGGAAGAAGUUGGCAGAAGGCUGCAGAGUCCCAUGUCACCUGUCAGAAGUCCAGUUGCUGUUACAGAAGUGGCUGCUGAAGUGCCCAGAGAGAGGCAGGAGGAAAGCAGCUCUGAGCAGACUGAAAGCAGUAGAGCACAGAGUUUGGAAGUAAACCAUGAAUGGUCUUUUGCCUUUGAACAGAUUCUGGCAUCCUUAUUAAAUGAGCCAGCCUUUGUGAGAUUUUUUGAAAAACCUCAUAACAUUAAAGCUAAAAUAGAGAGUGCUAAAAAUUUACAACUUAAAGCAAGAACCAGAGUGUAAUUUUCUUUACAUUUGACUCGGAAUUAAUCACAUAAAGUGCUUACAAAUGAAGGCUGUAACUAUGGAAAUCAAGUCUAGUGUUAACAUAGGAAAUGAAGUUUGAAGAAUUAGCUUCAAGUAUCAGAUUACUGGUAUGUAAUGUAAAUAAAAAUAGUUUGAAGCACAGUCACUUUCUUGCAUUGUUCAUAAGUUUCACUCCAAAAUAGGGACUGAAUAAUGAACUGCCUUUACCAUGUUAUUAAAACAUGCAGCAUUGCUUGGAGAUACUGGAUGUGUACCUGUUGCAAACCUGUCUGAAUCACUGUUAGAAUAGGUGUUCUCCAGGUUCUUUUCUAUUACUGUGAUAAAAGGAAUGUCAUUUUCACUUUAAAGGAGUGUCAACAGCUUGGAGGUUGUCUUCCACAUUAAUUAGUUAUUUCCAAAUUGCUUGUGGACUGGGGCCAAAGCAAAGUGAAAACUAAGAACAGAGGCUGUGGUAGCAUGACAGGACCAUGAGAUUAGAAAAGGAAGUUGCCCUGCUCACAAUUCCUCUGCUUUGAUGUUAGCCAUGGGUCUGGACUCUAGCACAUUCCAGCCCCUCUUUCUCAUUUUCAUGCCAAUCCUCCUACAAUGAAAAGGUGAAAAGGAUGGAAGCUUAUUUGGUCAUCCAGGCUGCACAAGGAUGCAGAAACUGAUUGUUUAAAUUCAAGGGAAAGUGGAGGCGAAAUCUGUCUGACCACAUGGUGGUUGUAGUUUAUCUGGCAAAAGGAGACAUUGUUGGCAUCUUAGGGGCAUGUUGAUGAAAUGUGGAGUUUUGCUGGUGUUUGGAAAGCCCAAGCACAGGCCAUCUGUGGCUGAGUGUUGACUGUUGAGCUGCUUAGGGACAGAUUGCAGUUGCUUCUUUGCCUACCCUGAGCCCAUAUCUCAACCCAGUAAUUACUAUUGCUUUUCUAUGGCACUCUGGAUUGUUGCUGCUGUAAUAUUUUCCAUCUGUCAGGAUUCAAGGCAACAACAAGAUCCCCUUGAAUCUGACUUGAAGUGUUUAAUAUAUAAAAUAUGAUAUAGUAGAGAUCCUGUAGAGGAAAGCUCUGUCAGUGUAAAGCUGAGUAAUGUUGGCCUUGAAUCUUUGGUAGCUGGUGCUAGAAGGAACUUAGAGAAGGAGGGUAAGAGCUUGUAUUUUAACAACAACAGCAAAGUAAGUGGAGAGUCUUGCUAAACUAGUUUAAAACAUCUGUUUCCAAAGCCUGUAUGACAAUCUUUCUCUGCAGAGCAGCAUUAUUUUUAUACUGUGCAUGUUUUUUUAAAGAAGCAGAAUGGGGAUGGUAUAUUUUGGAGGCUUUUUGUGCAAUACUAGUCUGAAUGAAGAAUAAAACAAAUUUCUGACUUGUGUUACAGGCACUUUGUGAAAUGCCAUCAUUGGAGUUGGUGUUAAAUUUAUGAAUUAUGUCUUACACUCUCCUCAAUGCUCUCAGGUAUUAUAAAUACAGUUAAAUAGUAUAAAGUAUAAAUGAAUAUAAAAUAAAGUUUUACUGAAGAAGUCCAAAAGCUGUAUCAUAUAUGUGGAGAAUGAGGAAGCUUUUUUCAGAAGCCUUCACAAAGUGAUUGCAGUUGAUACAAUAUACUGCUGAUUUAUAUUUUUAUGUAUAAAAUAAAAAACCCUAAUUUAUCCAUUUAUGUGGAUAUGGAUAGGGCCACACCGUAUUACUUUUUAAAAAUGUUUUCACAAAGUUGUUCAGAAAUACAAAGCAGAUGAUGUUUUUCUAGUCCAGGAUGUACCCAGAUAAGGUUUGAUCAGUGAGUAAUUCUGCAGAUAGUCAUGAUGAAAUUAAUGGAACCUCAUCAGAAGAGGUACAGCUGCCCAUACCAAAAGCUUUUGUAGGUUUAUGAGAGAUACUGUUUAUGUCAAGUAGUCAAAGCUGUAAACUAUUUGCUAAUCAAAGUAAAAGAGAUACGAAAGUCUUAAAACUUAAGGACUUUUUUGAUUGAGAGCCAAGAUGUGAAGAUCUAAGUGCAGAAGAAGGUGAAGGAACUUGCAAAGUACAACAACCUUCUGUUACCUGGUUGUAAAAAGGUGCUCAGUCUGUACAAUGCCCUUUUCUGUUAGUCCCCACCCAAGAGACUGUAGAGCCUUUGCCAGCUGGGUAGUAGCUCUUGUCAGAGGUCAUAUCCAUGUAUGAAGAGCAUAUAUAUCAAAUUUAAGGCAAUGAUGAAGGGGGGAACACUAACUUUUAUUAACUGCAUGGAUUUUUUUUUGUUAAAUUUCUUUCUGUUUUUUCCCAAAAGAGGUGGUGUCUUUAAAUUGUUCCUGUAAUACACCUGCAGGCUGAUCCACGAGGACUAGUCACAGUGACCAGGCAUCCAGUCUCAGCAGAAUGGAAGGUGGAGUGAGGUCACUUCCAGUAGGCUGGCAGCACUCGGGCAAUGGCCCAGCUGGCAGGUUCUUCCUUUUGGAACCUCUGGAUCAUGGGCUGAUUGUUUGGGGAGAGGUGUAGCAAGUGCCAGUGAUUUCCAAGGAGUGUCCACCCAGGGGUGUAUUUGCUGAGCUAGUACCUCAGUGCACCAUAAGCUAAGCUCUGACAGAGGAACUCUGGAGUUAGUGUCUAGCUUCUUUCCUUCCCUUUCCUAUUCACCUCCUUCCAUCCCUAUUCCAGACAGGCUGGCUAGCAAAUAGAUGCAGGUUUGGCUGGGACUGGUGGAACUAGAACAACAGCAGCUCAUUCCCUUCCUUCACUCCUGGAGAGUGAUGCCCUGACUUCAGACCCCUGCACAGUCAGAGAUCUCUGUGCUGUGCUGCUUCUUGGCCAGGUGAAGCUGGUGAUACAGAGAUGGCCCCAGACUCCCUUCACAUCACCUGAGGGUGCUAGGUGUGCCCAUGAACAGGAAGCAGCUUGGUUUAGUGAAUUCUGUUGUGUCAUUUCACUCACCUGUGUUACUUUUUUUUUCUGUAAGCUUCCAUGAAGUUUUCUGCCUUUAUUUUCAGGUUCAGUCAUAGGAAAUAAAUGAAGGUGCAUCAUUCAGUACAAACUAGACAGCUGUAGAUUGCUACAACUACUGCUGUGUUUGUCCAGUUUGACAAUUGCAGUGCCUGCUGCAGUGUGACUUGGCAGCUGUGUCAUGGUCACCCUGCAACACUGGCAGUGGCUGUGGGGGACACUGCACAGUCCCUCCUUGUGGCUGGGCCGUUGUUGCUGUGUGCCAAGAUGACUUUUGUCAGAGCUAAUCAGUAGCCUGGGGACACAGCCAGCGGAGCUGGGACGUUCCUGGUCUUGCCAUAAGGAAUGUGCUGCUCUGGAGCCUGACUGCUCCCUGAGCUCUGGGUAACCAGUGACAGCCCUGACCCCCACAAGGAACUGGAUGCUUGGCCUCUGCGUGCCCAGCUCAGGGCUUGGGCAGGUGAGGGGAGGGAAUAGCUCAAAUAAUAAAAAUACCAGCUCUUUCCACCAUGGGGGACAACUGAUGGUAAUUAAACCGGUAGCAUUUUCCAAGACAUUGAAGUGGCUGCUGCCAUGUGAUACAGAAUAAUCACUUUCUGUUUCCAUCCAUUUCUAAAACAAGCCACUUGUUCAUCACUCUAAUGGCUAAAUAAUAAUGUAAUUAUAGAAGAGUUUGCUACCAUAGUGACUAAGAAAUAGCUGUGUGUUGAUUUUAUCAGAAGUUUCUCAUCCAAUUGUACCAUACAAGGUUCUUGAUUGUGAUUGCUGUUGUUAUCUGGACUAAAACAGAAGGAAAUACUGAUUUGUUUCCUGAAAAAUAGGUUAUUUUGUCUUUUUUGCUAUAGCUUUGUCACUUUACCAAGAUGGCAGCACAUGUUUGUGUUGACAGAUUGGCUUUUAUACAAUGUAUUGUAUGCAGAGGUACUGUAAGACAAAUGGGGUGUUAAAUAAAAUAUUGUUUCCCUUAAGUAAAAAACCCCUGUGUUUGAAGCAUUAUUAUUUCCUGUGAUGGCCUGCUGUGGAAGUUCCUUCAAGAGUGAUGCUCAUGUUGAAGCCACCUUUAGUCAGUGCUUUGCAAAACAAGGAGCAAGCCAAAGCCCCUGCUGGGACAGCAGCCUCCCAGAAGAGGAGGAAAAAUGGAGACCUAGAUUUUGAAGCCCGAGCUGGCUUCAGUGCUGAGCCGCUGCGUACUGGCACUUGCUUUUUCCAUCCAAAUUCAAACACAGUGUGCAGACCCUGAUGCCUUGUUCUUUCUAAUUCAUGUGCUGCUCCUAUUGCCUCUGGCACUGGUCACGGAAAUCCCAGUCCUUGUCCUGAGCCCUGUCCCUUCAGCUGUCCAUGCACAUGGACACAAUGGCUGCUGCUCUUGUCUCUCCUGGAGUGUAGGGAUCAGAUCCCUAACAGACCCACACCACCCAGGGAAUAACAAGAGUACAUAGUGUGUAAGAGGUCCUACAAGUAUUAUUUUAUUUCUUCUUAAUUUUUUUUAAAUACUAUGUACAAUCUGUUUAAAGCUUGUCAAAAUGCAUGGGCUCCCAUUCAAUGGAGCUGUGCAGGGACAUAGAUUCAAAACAAGAAUAAAAUCUUUACUGUUCAUCUUCAUAAGACACUUACUUUUUCCCAUUACAAAAUACUUUUAAGAAUAGUAACAUUUAUAAAUGUAUUUAUAUUCAACAUCAUAUAAAAUAAACCAAGAUUUAUACUCAAUUCUAGAAUUUUUCUUAUUUUCUUUUUUUUUCUCGCAUCGACUAUAUACAAUAUAUACAGUAACUUCUCAUUGUAUUUGUCAAAUCAGCCUGAUUAUACCCACCAGGCUUUAGCUUAUAUGUACAAAUAUGCUAAAAGUGCAAGACUUUAUUAUUUAAAGCUGCCUGUGUUUUCAGAGGUCUGGAAUUGUGUGGCCUAUAUAUAUUUAUAUAUAGAUAUACAUCUGCAUACAUAUAAGUGUAUAUUAAAAUAUGUAUAUCUAUAUAUAUAGUUAUGGUAUAUAGGUACUUGUGUACUAGAAAACCUCAGAACAUUUAUGACUGAUAGGUCAACACCGACACUGGAGGCCAACCCUGCUGCCAUCAGUCACGUCCCUGCCCUCUGCUCAUCACCAAGUCACACUUAUGUUUCCUUGUAGGAGGCUGGGGGGGCAUGAACCAAACCCACCAGCAACCCUCAAUUCCAAAUGAGUCAUAAAAGCACAGGUCAUAGCUAACACCGAGGUAAACAAAUACAAAUCAACCUGAAUAAAGAGAUCUUUUAUCCAUCUAUUUUUUUGAGAGUGACAAUAUAAGGCAAAACCCCCCUGGCCCUGAUUCAGCCUUGCCCUUGGCUGGAGGCAGACUGAGCAAAGACCAAGCAAGCCCCAGAAAGGGUCGGUGGGAUUUUGUCCUUUGGAAUAUGUUGAGAAAACAAGGCCCUACCCAUGAGGCAGUGCCUGGGACUGUGCAGCCCCCACCCACCAGCAGCGAGGCCAGCGGCUGGGGGGGCUCUGAGAAUAAGGGGGGCACAUGAUAAAGUGCAUUUUUAGGUCUCUGGUUUUAGCGAGGCUGGUCUAACACGUAAACAUCCUCACCAAGCUCCUGUGCUCCUCGCCGGGAGCUGGGAGCAGGGGCUGUGCCCCCAGCCCUCUGUCCCUGCAGCCCAGGGCUGCCCUCAGCAGGGCUGUGCCCAGGGCACGGCCCUAUCUGGCACACCCACUGCCCCCACCUCCCCCAGAACCCCUUCCCAACCCUAUUUUUUUUUUUUUUUUUUUGGACUCACUGCCAAAGCCACGGCAAUGGCUCUGCCUCAGCUACCUACCAAGCCCUGUUAAAAAACACACCCCUCAAGACCCUGACCCCAACCACCACCACCUCUGAGAUCUAUGAUUGCCACCUGCCACGGCUGGGCUGUGUGGUGGUGGGACACUGCAGACCAGCCAUGGGGAUGUCUCGGGGUGAUGCAGGUUUAAUGGGGAAGCCAGGGAAAUCACAGCCUUUCCCUCCAGCCAGCCCUCCUGUGCCACAAACUGUGCAAUGUUGGAGCCCUAACACAGAUAUAUGUUUGCCUCCCCUCUAAUGUUAUGUGCCAAGGCUAUGGUGGAAAAAAAUCCCACAAACAACUCCCAAAAAUACAACCCCCUCCUACUGCAUCCUCAUGAGCAACCCGGCUGCCUUAGAAUGGGGAAAAGGAGACCCUAAAACUAAUAGUGCUUUGAAAACAAAUGUUUCUACCCUGAAGGCUCUGUGCUGGCCCUUCUUGCAGAACAAACCUGCAGAGCAGGAAAGCCCCAGGUGUUAAUAUUUCAGCCCCAGAUUGCCCCAAAGGCAGGUGUUCCAAAUCCCACUACCAGCAGUGAGAUGGCCCUGCAUGGCUCUGCUGCAGCCACGGUUUCUUAUCCUGGUUUGAAAUGGAGGGGCUGGCUCAGACUGUGUCCAAGAGCAGCUGCUCAGCUGCCCAGCACCCAGGGGCUGCACGGGCUGUGUGAGCCCAGGCAGGGUCUGUGCUGACAAGGCACGAGCCCCAGCAGUAGACCCCAGGCUGUCGGGCAUCUCGCUGCCUCCCUUCCGUGGCCAGCCACGUUCCCCAGAAUGCUGCAUGUGGCCAGCUCUGCAACCCAGGAUCCAUCGUGGCUGGGAGCCCCGGGAGCUGUGCAUUCAACGUCCCAGUCAAAGCUAACCCGUGCAGCUGCUUGUGCCCAAGGGAGGGGACCCAUGAAUAGCCAGGGGUUGGCACAGCUUUUGUUCACAAAUCCACCUCUGCCCUGGUCAAAACACCAAAGCACCCUAGGGCCUCGCACCAGUCCCUGAAAGCUCCUGGCUGAGCCCAGCUCCAGCAGCCUAUCCUCCCACUGCCACUCCCCCCGGCAGUGUGGCACAGCAAAACCCCAUCCCCUUCCUCAGGAGGGACUGCUGGGAACAGCCCCUGGUGCACCAGGGCUGCAGGAGCCCUGCUGUGCCCUUUUCUUUAAACACAGGGCUACGGGCAGCUGCUUGUGCCACAAGCUGCUCCACCAGUAACGUCAGGAACACCAGCUGCUGCAGCGCUGCAAGGGGCCCAGAAAGAGGCUUGCAGAAGGAAAAGAAGGAAA